AUGUCGGCGUCCAAUCCGUUCCGCCGUAAACCCGUGCCCGCCGCCGCUGCCGCCCUCGACUCCGUCGUGGGUGAGCGAGAAGCUGCCCCUACUACACCAGACCCAGCACCAGCACCGCCUCUUGAGAACACCCUCCCCCCACGCACCAAGUCCGUCCGCAUCGCCUCCCCACCCGUCCGCGCCGUGAUCUCGCCCGUCGAGCCACUCUCUCCGCUGGCCACGAGCCCGCCCGGCACCAGUCAUGGUCGCAGUCGCCAUGCUGGCUCCCCGCCGCCGCCGCAGGUAAUCCCACGGGACGUGGAGUCUAGCAGUGAGAGCGAGGAUGACGAGAGGCCCGACGGUCUGGAUCCGUUUGAGAAUCCAAAGGCGAGAAGUGAUAAUGACGAUGAUGAUGUCCAGACGGGACGGAAACGCGCUACGAUGGAUGUCGAUGCCUUUAAGAGGCUGCUGCUGACGGGCGAUGCGAACGUGCAGUCGGCGGCGUUGACGGAGACGAAUGUGAGCCUGAUCGAACAGCAGCAACAGUUACCACUGAGGAGCGCUUCGAGAUCGAGUCAGGACCGCGACGCCGCCAGUCCCCGGCUGGAGCGGAAGAAGCCUCCCGUGCCCAAGACCAGACACGGCAAGCUGCUGCAGCACGCCGUCGACGAGGACGUUGUCUCUGCUCGCGACCAGCAGUCCCGCGCACCACCACGCGCCGUCUUGUCGAAAAAAAGCCCGCCGCCCCCGCUCACCUUCUCGCCCUCACCCUAUCCCCCGGCCGGAGCAGCCGCCCGCGUCGUCUCCGACCCGCCGCCAUCCACCUCCAGCCCCGGCAGCAGCUCGCGGUCCUCAUCGCGCGACGGCCGCCGGCCCAGCCUCUCCGACCCGUUUCCGCCAUUCCGCUCCGCCUCGCAGAGAAUCCCGCCCGCCGCCCCGCCCACCCGCCGACACAGCCAGCUCCGCCACGCCCACGCCCACGCCCACGCUGCUGCCGGCUCGUCCCCGCCCAUCGCGCGCUCCAGCUCCGCCCGCCUCCCUGCAUCAUCCACAAGCUCAUCCGCCUCCGCCAUGCCACGCACCCCACCCCCGCCACCACCACCACCCACGCGCCGACGAGACCACGAGUCUCCACCGUCCUCGUCACACUCGUCCCCAUCCACGACCCCCGAAGAAGCAGCUGAACCAGACGCAGACAACCAGUCCACGACGCCGCCCCCCCUGGCCCGCUCGCAAUCCGGCUCCGUACGCUCGGUGAACCGGCUCGCGCGCGCACCGCGCCCGCCGCCGCCGCGCCGGAGUGCGAAUUCGCAGGUCGCUGCGGCGGAUGACUCGCGGUCGCUGCGGCAUGUGUCGGGUGAUGGGGAUGCGGAGGACGACGGUGGUGGGGUGGGCUCGCCGCCGCGGCCGCCGUCCAAGGCGGAGAAUAUCCUGGCGGAUUUGUCGCGGCUGCAGAGGGAGCUGGAUGAGUUCCGGGGUAGGUAUGAGAAGCCGUCGUCGUCGACGUCGUCGGCGGCGGGCUAG